CUAUACAGCACCCAGCUAGUCAUGUCGAUCAAUUGGUUUCGCACUCUGUCUCGGGGUCCAUUCUUUGAAUCCCUCCGCCAAUCUCACAGAGACUAUCCAGUUAACGCUGGAUUUCUACGCUCCUCCUCGUUCAACUUCGUCAAUCCACGCCACAAUGUUAUAACCACCACAGACUGUGUGACACAAAAACUCCUAGAAUCAGACAUCGCAAGACUAAGCGACGAGGAAGUAUUGUCGUUGUUUACCACCGGUUUCUUUGGCGGAUAUGUCUUUGCUUGCGAAAGGCUGAUCCUCAAGGCUGGGGGGUGGAAAUUACUCUCGGCACAGUUUUCAAAUUUUCAGGAUGACCCGGCGGCAAUGGCCAUCUGGAACCACACUAAGAUCCCAAGCACCAACCUCUUACCACUUGGCAGCCGCUUCUUUGGCUCCUUCAAGCUGAUAGACAUGCAUAUAUCUAAAGCUUCAGGAAUGGAGCCUAGCUACGUCGACUAUGGAUUUGGCUCGGAUCGGUCUAGAUUCGCCGGAUGUCACCGAGUCCAGGUCACUCGGUCACCGCAGCCUGAGAUCAGCUUGCAGCAGUUUAUAUGUAAUCCGACCAAGGACACCCCAGCGACACAGCCACCGUAUCACAAUUUAACAGAAACAAUUGACCCCUAUUUGUUUCUCUCAGGCGAUAAACUUCUGGAAAACCCACCAGUCAUAGAAAGUAUUGAAUACAAGAGCCAACCAGCUGCUGGCGGCUCACACCGUAUCCCCCUGUUCCGACUUCUUCACACUAACUGCAGCAUAGCACUAGCUGUGUUUGGCUCUGGUGCGUCAGGAUCGUCGCAAAUCACAUCCCAGGGUUUAAUCCUCGAAGCGCCGCGAUUGAUGUCACACUGGUCUUUGCGCUCAGGCUUCAGCCUAUCAUCGGACCCGGGAGGUCGAGAUUAA